CCCGCCGCGGAGGGUCGGGGGAAGCCAGGGACCUGAGGGGCGGAGCGCGGACUGCGCAGGGCGCAGAACCCGCCCACCGGCUCCACGGGACGGCUGGACUCAGGGUCUUCGCUUCCGUCGCUAGGGAGCGCGGGGUCGGGUCCGCGCCCUUCCUAGGAGGCCCGAGGCCCGAGGCCGCGGGUCCGAAAGCCGGGCUGAGCCAGCCGAGGCUGGCGGCCCCUUGGGCGGAGAACCCCUUUGGGCGGAGACCUCCUUGGGCGUCCGUCUGCGCACCGCGCUUCCCCUACGCCCCCGGGUUAGGGGCAGGGGCUUCCGCUCAACGCCCACUCGUGCGACCUCGACGGACUUGGGGAGGGAGCGACCUGCGAACCCUCGGGGGCCGGGGUGACCUGGCGGGAGGGCCCGCUCUGCAGGGGCUCCUCCGAGGGGUCCUCGGGCCCUUGUGUCCCAUGCGUGUGUACGAGCGCGCUCGGGACCUCCGGAGUGCCCAGCUCGGGGUCUGCGCCCAGCCGUCCGCCUCAGCCACCUUGCCAGGAAGGAGGAGCAGGGAGCCCCUUCCCACCCGCGGCCUCCCCUGCCGAGAGCUAAGUGGCUCGACUCCCUCCUUUCCUCCCCCAUUCCUGACUGUGAUCCCAGCCUUGGGAGGGGGCUCCCAGAGUGGACCCCUGUAGGCCUGUACCCCACCCCCAAACCAGAGCAGGCCCUGAAAGCGGGGCUGGGGGUGUGUGACUGCCCCUUGUCCGCCACCCAGCCUGGGCACUCAGAAGGGCUCGGUAGAUCACGCCCACUCCUGGGCCUGGGUGGGGGGAGACCCCACUCCAAGCUGCAGCCCACGGGGAAGGGGCUGGCAGACCUGACCUCCUCCCUGGUCCCACAGCCCCCUCCUCUGUGUCUGACUCCCCAGAACCCCGGAGCACGGUUGCCAGCCUCAGCCUCAUACCCAGGAAGCCCCCUCCUCAAAGCGCUGGGUCCCUGGUGUCCUCCGGGCGCUGCAGGCUCUGUGGAAGCCGGGGAGACAAGCUGCAGAAAGGCCCACGGUCAGGGGUGGGUUCCCAGCCGGGGCCGCCGGCCGGUGCCUCUGCGUCCCCGCCGGGGCUGUCUCAGUGGUUGGGCCGCCGUGGGGCUGAGGCUGCGGUGUCUCGGUGUCUCCGUGUCUCCGCAGCAUCGCAGGAGGAGGUGAGGCAGGUGGAGCCCAGCUGGAGGCACAGGGCAGUGGGGCCUUCAUCUGGGGCGCGGGGGGGACUGCAGGUGCUGGGUGGGGGAAGGGCUGAGGAGGGGCUGGGGGGUGCUGCUGGGCAGUCCGGCAGGAGGCCCGACCCCAUCGCUCCAGGCCUCCCUCCUUGGGGUGGGGGACUCUGGGGCCCCCAAGUGGUUUUUCAGGAGACAUUGUUUUAGAAAGAUUAAUUAAUUAGAAAUUAAUUAAUAGGAGAGUCAGGGUGUGUGGGGGUGGUGGGGGCGCAGCUAGGUUUUCCAUCCGCUGAUUCACUUCCCAGGCCAAAGCCAGGAGCCAGGAACUCCAUCCAGGUCUCCCAUGUGGGUGGCAGGGCCCAUGGGUCAUUCUCGCUGCCUUCCCUGGUGUUGGCAGGGAGUAAAGUGGAGCAGCCCCAGCCUGGACGCCCAGAUGCAUGGCGACUGCCUGGCCUGGUUUCCUACGGGAAAGCAUCCCUGUCCGACUCUGGUGGGGGGGGGCGGGGACAGAGCCUCGCUGCUGCAUCUCAGGAGGAGGGAACUCCCACCCCCACCAUGGGGCCUUGGCUACGGGCAAGGCUGGACGUCCACCAUGCCAGGUCCCCAUGUUCUCGGGAGACUUGGGGACAGGUGUGGGGCAGGGAGGGUGGCUCAGGGCUGGCCUGGGCUCCAGCUGCAGAUGGUGCUGAGUCCCUGGGACCUCGAGGGCCUGACCCCACUGCAGUCAGCACUGGGAGUGCCCACUCCGGAUGGCCGGCUUCCCAGGGCUGGGGGGCAGUCAAGGCUACAGCUGCAUGCAGAACCCACGCUGGCUGGUGGCCUCCCCUCCCGUGGUUCUCCCCUCUCUGCCUGAACUCCACGCCCAGUAGGAUGCUCCACAGCCCUCAGCCUGCCUGGAGCUGGGAGGCCGGCAGUCCAGAGCCGCGCCUCUCUGCACUGGCCACUGGGCAUCUCCUGGCCCGGAGCGGCCCAGAGGGCACUUUGCAUCGUCCCCGGAGCACCGGUCUGGGUUGCCUAGGAGCCGCCUCUGCUGAGCCCCUGCGUGCCACGUGCCUCUGCCGGGCGGGGGUCUGCCCUCUGCCCUGCACAGGAGUCUGAUGAGCGAGAUUUGGCCGCCAUUCAGAUGGUCCUGGGGCCGCUUGGGAUGCCCUCGCCCGGUCCCGGGCCUGGGUGUGCGCCCCGGCUCUGCUGCCGCUUCCAGCGUCCUGCCGACGCACACCCUGCAAAGCCUCCGCGAUGGCUCUGGCAGGCAGGCAGGGGGAGACUGCCCCUGGCCUCCAACCGUGCCCAGCCCCGGUCCUUGGGGGCAUUUGGGAAAUGAACCCGUGGGGGAGGAGGAACUCUACUCUCAAAUAAGUGAAUGAAUGCAAACUUAAAAUAAAGAGGCGCUUUUGUCGCGUCAUCCAGCUCACGGCCAAGCAGACUGCAGUCGGUGGGGCCCGCAGCUGGGCGGGGGAGGAGAGCGCGGCGACCCCGCCCCAGCCCCGCCCCCUGCCCUCCCAGGCCCCGCCCCUGGGCCCCUCCCUCGAGAGCCCUCGGCCUGGGUCCGGGUCAGGGCAGGAGACCCCACUCCCGCUCCCGGGCGCGCAGUGCGGAUCUUGGAGAGGAGGCUGUCCCUGCGGCCCGAGGCUGAGGGCCAGACACUGCUCCGGCUGUGCGCCUCGCUGCCCCGCGUCCGACCGGCCCAUCCGGUGUCUCGGCCCUCGGGGGACCGUCCGAAUCCCAGACCGCCCACGGACCCGGUCCCCGGCGCGGCCCGCUGCGCCCCGGCCGCAUGGAGCCCUUCCUCAGGAAGCGGCUGGCCUUCCUGUCCUCCUUCUGGGACAAGAUCUGGCCGGCGAGCGAGCCGGACGAGGGCGCGGGGCUCACGCCCGAGCCCCCUGCCGCUGAGCCGGCGCCGCGUGCGACUCCCGAGUCCCCAGCGCGCAGCGCCGCGGAGCUGAACGACGGCCGCGGGGGCCGGCCCUGCGCGCCCCGCCAGGACGGCGACUACGUCCCGGCCCCCAGGCUCUCGGGCCAGCCCGGCUCUGGGCCAGUGCCCCUCGCCCAGGGUGCCGCGGCCGCCCCGGAGCUGCAUUCGGACCAACCCUGGUUCUUCCGUGGGAUCACCCGGACCCAGGCCCAGCAGCUGCUGCUGUCCCCUGCCAACGCGCCCGGGGCCUUCCUCAUCAGACCCAGCGAGAGCAGCCUCGGCGGCUACUCACUGUCAGUCCGGGCCAAGGCCAGAGUCUGCCACUACCGCAUCGGCCGUGUGCCCGGGGGCCUCUACCUGCAGGAGGGCCGGCUCUUCCCCAGCCUGGAGGCCCUGCUCAGCUACUACAAGGCCAACUGGAGGCUGAUCCACAACCCCCUGCUGCAGCCCUGCCUGCCCCAGGGGCCCGAGCGGCAGGACCCGUGGGAGCGGCCUCGCUGGGAGUUCGCUCUGCGGCGGAAGCUGGGUGAAGGCUGCUUUGGGGAGGUGUGGGAAGGCCUGUGGCUGGGCUCCGCGCCCGUGGCGGUCAAGGUCGUCAAGGCAGCAGCCAUGAAGCUGACCGACCUGGCCAAGGAGAUGGAGGUGCUCAAGGGCCUGCGGCACGAGCGGCUCAUCCGGCUGCUGGCCGUGUGCAGCGGGGAGCCCGUCUUCAUCGUCACCGAGCUCAUGAGCAGGGGCAGCCUGCAGGCCCUCCUGGCCAGCCCUGAGGGCCGGGCCCUGGGCCUGCCCCUCCUGCUGGGCUUCGCCUGCCAGGUGGCCGAGGGCAUGAGCUACCUAGAGCAGCAGCGUGUUGUGCACCGGGACCUGGCCGCCAGGAACGUGCUGGUGGGUGACGACCUCAGCUGCAAGGUGGCGGACUUCGGCCUGGCUCGGCUGCUCAAGGACGACGUCUACUCCCCGAGCAGCGGGUCCAAGAUCCCCGUCAAGUGGACGGCGCCCGAAGCAGCCCAUUUCCGCAUCUUCUCCCAGAAGUCUGACGUCUGGUCCUUUGGUGUCCUGCUCUACGAGGUGUUCGCCUAUGGCCAGUGUCCCUACGAAGGGAUGACCAACCAGGAGACGCUGCAGCAGCUGGCGCGGGGGUACCGGCUGCCGCGCCCGGCCGCCUGCCCGGCGGAGGUGUACCUGCUCAUGCUGGGGUGCUGGAGGGACGGCCCCGAGGAGCGGCCCGCGUUCGCCCUGCUGUGGGAGCAGCUGGCCACCGUCCACAGACGCCUGCUCCCGGCUCUCGCCUGACCUGGACGCUGCUCCUGCCUGCAGAGGUGCCCCGCCCAGGACAAAGUCGCUUCGGGCCGGGGCAGGGGCACUGCACAGCUGGAAACCACCGUGGCCUGAUCCUCACAUGCGGGCAUGAACACGCGUGUACACUCAUGUGCAGGCUCUAACACCGCGGAGAGCAGGUGGCUGGUGUGUCCUGUGGCCCUGGAACUCUGUGCAGAGGGUGGGUGGAGACUCAGGGGGGCGCUGUGCCCGGGUCCCAGCAGCACUGGCCCCACACGUGUGUGCCCUGCACGUGUCAGGGGAGGCACCAUCCAGCCACCUGUGCACACCAGGGCUCAAUAAAUGCGCACUGGUGGAGACACAGACACAGUCGCCAGUCACACCCCUGCCCCCAACCCGGAGCCUGGAGCCGGGGGCGCUGGGAGCACCCCUGGGCGGGAUCAGGUGGCCGGAACUGUCCCUGGGGGCAGGCGGCCUGCCAGGCCCUCCUCAGCCUGGGAGGAACAAGGGCCCUGAGCAGGGCUGGGCGGGGGCGACGGUGUGGGCGCAGCGCCCGGGGGUCACUGCUCGGAGCUGCUGCGUGGGGCAGAGAUGGACACCCUAAGACAAACCGGGGGCUGGGCCCAGGGGACCACAUGGGGGCGGGGUCUGCACAGGGUCCCCUGAGACCCCCACCCCUCGGGAACCACAGGUUGGCAGCUGGGCCCCAUAGGGUAUGGCUCUUAGGGGGAUUGCCAGGAGACAUUGCCCACCUGCUCGGACCCUGGCAAGGGCAGGCACAGCAGGGACCCCUAAGCAAAGGAGAGGCCCCUCCCACUCAGAGCAGGGGCAGGCGGGCCAGGGCUUCAGAGAGAGGUGGGGGCAGGAGCUUCUCAGAGACGCGGGCGGGGGCUGCUGGGUGGGUGUUAAUGGCGGAGGCCUUGGGUGGUGGUGUCCGGGCACGGGGCUGGCUCUGACCCCCAGGGACGGCACGGCUGGGGGUGUGGGUGGAGCCUGGGUCUGGCUCUGGCACCUGGGCCUGGAAGGAGAGACCUUGACCGGCCUUGUGAGUCUGGGGACUUGCCCAGCACGCCGGGCACUGAAAUCCCCACUCUGCACUGCUGGAGGGUGGGGCUGCC